ACCGGGAUAUCCCUUCCUCAAAUUCUCCGUCCCAAUUUCUGCGGCUUCCUCGCUGCGUCACGGGGCGUAAUCGCGAGCGGGAAAUCCUAUGUUUUUUUCUAUCCUUUCGGGUAGGUCAUCGUAUUGUUUUUAACGAAUUUAUUCCUCACCUCGCGCUCGCCGAUCUCUGUGGAACGCAGGUUCCACCUGUUCUAUUUCCAAGUUGUCCUCGACUCACGACUCCUCUCGCGUAAUUAUCCUUUCGCGACCUCUCGCCUUCUACUCUCUCUCUCUCUCUCUCUAUAUAUAUAUAUCUCUCUCUCUCUUUUUCUCUCUCUCUCUCUCUCUCGCGUGAUUCACCUGCCUCUCCUACCUAGCAACUACUCGCCGAUUAGACGGUCGGCCGGUCGCUUCUGCCGGCCGCGUUUUGUCAGUCACCCACCUAGCCAGACACCGCGGGGGUACAGCGAUAGUCACAGGUUUAUCAAUGCGUUUCCCUGAGAUUCGUGCGGUAGUGAACCGCUCGUCGCCCGCGCCCGUCGGUCUUCGUCGCCGGUGGCGUCUGCGAUCGUAGUACUUCGCGGAUUUCGGCACGUUCAUCGUCGUCGUCCUCAUCGCUUCCGAUCUCGCGUCUCCGCGAUACAUUCGACGAGUACUCCUACAUUCGGCGGGGGACUGUCCCCGAUUUCCACCUCGCAGUGUCUACCUCGCGAUCGUUCUCACCAUGUACGAGGCGAAAGACCGCAAGCAACAGGGCCUCGACAACGUCGCCUUCCAGUUAGACGAGCCUCAUGUCGGGAAGGCGUAUCUCUCCGGCGACUCGACGAGCUUCGACGUGCAGGCCGUCGAGUCGUCCGGCAAGGAACACGAGCGGGCGACAUGGAACAACAGCAUCGAGUUCCUCAUGUCUUGCAUCGCCGUGUCGGUCGGCUUCGGCAAUAUCUGGCGAUUCCCGUUCACGGCGUAUGAGAACGGCGGCGGUGCAUUCCUCAUACCCUACGUGAUCCUGCUCUUCCUGGUAGGGAAGCCGUUCUACUUCCUGGAGAUGAUAAUAGGACAGUUCACCAGCAAUUCGUCCGUCAAGGUCUGGGCCAUGUCACCGGGUUUCGUGGGAGUCGGAUGGGCGCAGUUUUGCUCGACGAUGGCGUUAACCACCUACUACAGCUCGCUGAUGGCAUUGACUUUGUAUUUCUUAAUCGCGUCCUUCUCAUCCGAACUACCCUGGGCUACUUGUCUGGAGGAAUGGGGCGACACUUGCGUCGACUCGAGCAUGAAGAGGAACCACAGUGUGGCCGAAGGAAACGCGACGCUCACACAGAUCUUUAGCAGUCAUCUCAGCAGCAACGUUCAACGUCAGAGCUCGGCCGAGCUGUACUUCUCACAAGUGGUUCUGCAUGAGAAAGAGAGCAUCGACGACGGGAUCGGACUGCCGAGCUGGAAGCUGACGUUAUGUCUGCUUGGUAGCUGGGCGACGAUCUGUCUGGUGUUGGCCCAAGGUGUAAAAAGCUCCGGCAGGUUCUCCUACUUCCUCGCUAUUUUCCCGUACAUCGUGCUGGUAUCCCUCCUGAUACGCGCCGUCACUUUGGAUGGCGCGAUGGACGGGAUCUUAUACUUCAUCACCCCGAAAUGGUCAAAGCUCUUGGAGCCGACCGUCUGGUAUGCCGCUGUGACACAGUGCUUCUUUUCGUUGUCCGUCUGCUUCGGCAGCAUCAUCACGUACUCCGCCCACAAUGAUUUCAAGCAUAACAUCUACAGAGACGUAAUGAUUAUCACCUCGCUGGACACAAUCACGAGCUUAUUGGCUGGCUGCACGAUAUUCGGUAUUCUCGGCAAUCUCGCGUACGAGUUGGGUGUGGAAGACAUAUCCAAUGUGGUCAGAGGCGGCGUCGGCUUGGCCUUCGUAUCUUAUCCCGACGCCAUAGCGAAGUUCAGUUUCAUGCCGCAGUUGUUCGCCGUGCUUUUCUUCGUGAUGAUGUUCGUCCUCGGUGUCGGUAGUGCCGUGGGAAUGUGCACGGGAAUCAUCACCGUGAUAAAUGAGCAGUUCCCGUCUCUAAAGACUUGGCAGAUUGUAAUUCCAACGUGUUUCUUGGGCUUUUCGAUCGGCACUGUCUACGUUACACCGGGCGGUCAGUUUAUCUUGACUUUGGUGGAUUACUACGGUACCUCGUUCGUGGUGUUCGUCUUGGCGUCGUUUGAGAUGACUGGAGUGAUAUGGGUUUACGGUUUCGAGAACUUUUUGGACGACCUGGAAUUCAUGCUGGAUAGAAAGCCGAGCGUAUACUGGAGGAUAUGCUGGUUAAUAGUGACGCCGUUGCUGCUAAUGAUAAUCUUUAUUUACACCGUAGCCACUUUAUCGCCUUUAACCUACGGCGACAGAUCGUUGCCAGAGUCCGCGCACGCCGCCGGAUGGAUACUGCUGGGCGUGGGUGUGCUUCAGAUACCGUUGUGGAUGCUGAUAGCGAUGUUAAGGAACUGGGAACUACCAUUUCCCCAGAUGGUGAGAAAGGCUUUCGCACCCGCGACCAGGUUUGGUCCGCGGGAAGUGCAGCAGCGGAAGGACUGGAAUAUAUUCAAAGAGGAGAGAGCGAGAGCCCGGGAGAAGAGAACCCAGCCGCGCUGGAAGCAGACACUCUACGUCCUCCUGAGCAUGAAACCAAAGUGAAAGCGGCACUGAUCGUCCGCUAAUUCGGAGACGCGCGUAGUGUCUCUUUCUAAUCUGUUUGCCACGGCGGGCCCCAUGGCAAGAUCCGCGACUGAUGAGACCGAGACAAAUAUAUUUAUGUGUAUAUUUCUUCAUUUUUUACCGGAUUAUACCGCGAAGUUCCUCGUAAUUAAACCGCGCAACUGAAUCGCGAGCUUCCGCCCAAGAUAACCACCUUAGUGUAAUUUUAUAUACUGCGUGCGAACGCGCGACAAAGAGCCGCCGAUGUCAUUCGGAAAUUGUUAAUGUAAUCGUUACUCAUCGAUCGCCCCAAUCGACGUCACGCCAAAUAACUCACAUACACAAACACACACAUAUAUAUACACCUGAGUAAUAAUUUUAAUACUGUUUUAAUCAUUUCAUUGUCAAUUUUUGCCGAACAACGCCGCGAUAACUUUCGACUUAUUCGCGCACGCUCGCUCUAUCCUCUUGGACUGUUUGAAGUCUCUCCAUUCGUUGUAUUUCUUGGGGUCCUUCGGUCCCCAGUCGGCGCUCGGCUUGAAAAUCUGUAAGACGAGAAUUUUACUAUUAGCUUUAUCACGAGAAGUUAUUUAUGCUGAGAUUUUCUCGGAAUAAAAAGUGCAAGUGAAUUA